CCGCACCGGGAACGCUAAUCCCGGAGGAGUCUGAGGGCGUCCGCGCUGCCGCUGACCCGCGACAGGGCCAAGGCGGCGACACCAUGUUCUCGCUCAAGCCGCCCAGACCCUCCUUCAGGUCCUACCUCCUGCCGCCCGCCCAGACUGACGAUAAGAUCACUUCGGAACCGAAGAUUAAAAAACUGGAACCAGUCCUUCUGCCAGGAGAAAUUGUUGUAAAUGAAGUCAGUUUUGUGAGAAAAUGCAUUGCAACAGAUACAAGCCAGUAUGAUCUGUGGGGAAAGCUGAUAUGCAGUAACUUCAAAAUCUCCUUUAUUACAGAUGACCCAAUGCCAUUACAGAAAUUUCAUUACAGAAACCUUCUUCUUGGAGAACAUGAUGUCCCUUUAACAUGUAUUGAGCAGAUUGUCACAGUAAAUGACCACAAGAGGAAGCAGAAAGUCCUAGGCCCCAACCAGAAGCUGAAAUUUAAUCCAACAGAGUUAAUUAUUUAUUGUAAAGAUUUCAGAAUUGUCAGAUUUCGUUUUGAUGAAUCAGGUCCUGAGAGUGCCAAAAAGGUAUGCCUUGCAAUAGCUCAUUAUUCCCAGCCAACAGACCUCCAGCUACUCUUUGCAUUUGAAUAUGUUGGGAAAAAAUACCACAAUUCAGCCAAUAAAAUUAAUGGAAUGCCUUCAGGAGGUGGAGGAGGAAGAAGGAGUGGAAAUGGUGGUGGCAGCAUCCAAAAGACACCGAUGUUUGAAACUUAUUCAGAUUGGGACAGAGAAAUCAAGAGGACAAGUGCCUCUGGGUGGAGAGUUUGUUCUAUUAACGAAGGUUACAUGAUAUCUACUUGCCUUCCAGAAUACUUUGUAGUGCCAAGUUCUUUAGCUGACCAAGACCUGAAGAUUUUUUCCCAUUCUUUUGUUGGAAGAAGGAUGCCAUUCUGGUGCUGGAGCCACUCCAAUGGCAGUGCUCUUGUGCGAAUGGCCCUCAUCAAAGAUGUGCUGCAGCAGAGAAAAAUUGACCAGAGGAUUUGUAAUGCAAUAACUAAAAGUCAUCCACAGAGAAGUGAUGUUUACAAAUCAGAUUUGGAUAAGACCUUGCCCAAUAUUCAAGAAAUACAGGCGGCAUUUGUAAAACUUAAGCAACUAUGUGUAAAUGAGCCUUUUGAAGAAACUGAAGAAAAAUGGUUAUCUUCACUGGAAAGUACUCGGUGGUUAGAAUAUGUCAGGGCCUUCCUUAAACAUUCAGCAGAACUUGUGUACAUGCUAGAAUGCAAACAUGUCUCUGUAAUCCUACAAGAGGAGGAAGGAAGAGACUUGAGCUGUCUUGUAGCUUCUCUUGUUCAAGUGAUGAUGGAUCCACAUUUCCGGACAAUUACUGGAUUUCAAAGUCUGGUCCAGAAGGAGUGGGUGAUGGCAGGAUAUCCAUUCCUAGACAGAUGCAACCACUUAAAGAGAUCAGAUAAAGAGUCUCCCUUAUUUUUGCUAUUCUUGGAUACCACGUGGCAGCUGUUAGAACAAUACCCAGCCGCCUUUGAGUUCUCUGAGACAUAUUUAGCAGUGCUAUGCGACAGUACCUGGAUCUCACUGUUUGGCACCUUCCUGUUCAACUCUCCUCAUCAGCGAGUGAAGCAGAGCACAGAAUUUGCUAUAAGCAAAAAUAUUCAACUGGGUGAUGAAAAGGGCUUAAAAUUCCCUUCUGUUUGGGACUGGUCUCUUCAGUUUACAGCAAAGGAAUGCACCCUUUUCCACAACCCCUUCUACAUCGGGAAGAGCACACCUUGUCUACAGAAUGGAUCCAGGAAGUCUUUCAAGCGCACAAAGAAAAGCUACAGCUCAACACUGAGAGGAAUGCCAUCUUCCUUCAAGAAUGGAAUCAUCAGUGACCAAGAACUCCUUCCGAGGAGAAACUCGCUGAUACUGAAGCUAAAGCCAGACCCACCUGAGCACACCACCAGCCAGAACAGUGAUAUGGAGCAGUAUUUUAGAGAAUGGUUUUCCAAACCAGCUGACCUACAUGCCAUUGUCCUGCCACGUCUCUCUGGAACACACAUAAAGCUGUGGAAAUUGUGCUACUUCCGUUGGGUCCCUGAGGCACAGAUCAACCUCGGGGGCUCCAUCAUGGCCUUCCACAAGCUCUCCCUCCUAGCUGAUGAGGUGGAUGUGCUCAGCAGGAUGCUGCGUCAACAGCGGAGUGGCCCCUUGGAAGCCUGCUACACAGAGCUGGACCAGAGUAGAAUGUACUUCAGAGCCAGUGGCCCCCACGACACCUUGGGGACACCAGAAUUUCUCUCUUCUUCAUUUCCAUUUUCUCCUGUAGGGAACCUGUGCAGACGAAGCAUUUUAGGAACACCAUUAAGCAAAUUUUUAAGUGGGGCCAAAAUAUGGUUAUCUACUGAGACACUAGCAAAUGAAGACUAAAAUAUAUUUUCUGAACAUUUUGAGGGAAGCUGAAUUUUCCCUCUGAACUGAAAUUGCUAACCAAGGCAUUAAAACUGAUUAUUUUAUAUGUAAGAAAUUUGCACUAAUCUUUAAAGCAUAUUGAAUCAUUCUCCCUCCCUUCAGUUACUUUAAAAAAAAACUGUAAUUUUUAUUUUUUAUGUCCUUUCUAUAAUUAUAGGUCUGGCUUAUUUUGGGUGAUUUGCAGCAUACAUUCCCACAUUGUUAUAACUGAUCUCAAUAAUCAGGUUUGCUCUGCUACUUUUUUUCCUCAUUCAUCUUUCCUACUACUUACUGAAGGUUAUCUGAUAAUGUGGCAGAUUAGCAACCUGAAGAAAGUGACAUGGAGGUGACAAAUUAAUAUUUAAUAUAUUUUCAGGAACAUCUGCUAAAACCCCCAGCAGGCUUUGGUAGGUGUAUUCAUGUCUUUUUUCUGGUCAUUUUCAGUUAUCUCUAGUUGAAUUUACCUGAUGAAGUUUCCGUGUUCUAAAGCUAGAAUUUAUUUUAGUUCACCUUGUUUAGGACUUUUCAAUCACUGUUUGAAAUCAUGAGUUUGCUUUUGAAUUUCAGAGAACUAAUUUUAAAAUGAAAAUGGUAUGCACUGUAACUUUAAAGCAUUCACUGUAGCUAGUUAAACCUAGAAGUGCCUUUGACAUUAGGUAUGAAUAACAAAAAAGAUAAAACAAUGGGAAAUAUGUUACUUUUAAUUUAGGGCAUUAAAAUCCUAAUACAUAAGGAAAUGGCCAGGGGACUCCAGACCACAUUCUUGUUCUCUGAAUGCUGAUCCUGAGGGGCUCUUCGGGCUACCCAGGCAGCUGCUCUCGUGGACAGGAGCAUGCCACACUCAGAUCACAGGCUGUGGGGCAUCCCAGCUGAUGCACUGCUGUUGGCCAGCACUUCCGUGAGGUAACUGGGGAGUGGGACACUUGAACACAAAUCCUUUUCAAGUUCUCACUGCUUAGAAUAGAGAUUAAGAACUAUAAAUGCACUUCUCCGAGAAUGUUGUCAUUUUUAAAGCUAGUGAGAAGAGACCCUCCCCAUUUCCUGACUUUCAUUUUGUUUUUCGAGGUAGGGUCCCACUCUAGCUCAGGCUGACCUAGAAUUCAUUCUGUAGUCUCAGGCAGGCCUUGAACUCACAGUGAUCCUCCUACCUCUGCCACCCGAGUGCUGGGAUUAAAGGCGGGUACCACCAUACCUGGCCCAUUUCCUGACUUUUGACAUCAAUGUUAAGUGUAAACAGAGAAGCUCACAAAGGUAUGCUCCUUGUCCGAGGCUCCUUUCUUUUCAUACUGGGGCUAGACCCUGGCCAGCUUUGCAGUGUCCAGUUAAACCAGCUCCUUGUAAUGAAGUUUAGUGCCAGUCCCUACCAUGCAGUCCUUUCCAUUCCCUGAUUUUAAAGUGGACAAUUUCAAAUUGGUGUCAUGUUUUCUAUCAUCUUGAGAUUUUGAAAAUUUUUUAUGCUAGGGUCUUGUUAAUUUCAUUUUCUAAAAAAAGUUUUUAAAAAGAGUAUUUUAAAAAAAGUAUUCUACUUUUAAUUGUCUGCCUUCUAAAAUUAUUUGAUCAUAUCUCUGGAUUUAAUGGCAUGGGUUCUUAUAAAAUGGCUUAGGAAGUUUAUAUCUUGCGUAUACACCUCAUCUACAAGUUGCCUAUAAAAUUAAGGGCUAUAUUGUUUAUACAAAUAACAUUGUUGUCACGAAAGAAGUUAUAGUCCUUGAUUGGAAACCAGCCCUGAUUUCCUAUCACAAUCCAGCAUGUCCUGUCACUGAAUCUUCCCUUUUCAUUAAGCUGCUUUUUAUUAUUACAAAUUGUUCUAGAGAUUUUGGCUUGAGAAUUUCAUUACUUUUCAGUUUUUUUCUCACACGUUUACUUCAAUUCUGUUAAUAAUUUGUUUUUUGUUAACUUUCAGAAAAUUAGGUACUAUUAACAUUGUUUUAACAUAGAAAGUUGCAUAUUUUUGUAUGAUAAUCAAAUAUAGUAAAAUGUCUUUAUACUUUAGCUGGGUAGUUGUUCUAUCAUGAUUAUUGUGCUACAGCUUCUUGUACAUAAUUUGAAAAACAACUACAAGAGCCUUCAAUCUGGGACACUGUAAAGCGGCUUGCUGCCUCUGCUAGCAAAAAUGGCACUGUGGUGACAGAAGUGCUAAGCACGGCUGUUAGCGGUGUGCCAUAGUGCUUAGCGCCACUGUUCCCAAGGCCCUGUGUGAGCAGAGCCCAUGCUAGUAGACUCUUCUCAGAGGCCUGGUGGCAUUGGGCUUGCUCACGUUACCCUAAAGAUGCAGUGUCUCACUGUUGUUUUAUGAUGGGAACCAACCUUUGUUUGUUUCAAAUAUUUUAUUGACAUUUUUUAUACAUGUAUAUGAUAUAUUUUGAUUAUAAUCCCUUCUCUUGUUUGGUGUCUCCCACCCAUUCCCCCUUCCACAGAACCCCUUCUUUCCAUUAAUCCCUCCUUUACAGUGACUUUUUUUUCCCUUCCUCCUCCAUCCUUGACAGAAUGUUGAUUGGCCCAUUUUGAGUGCAGUAAACAACAGUCACUGGGAGGUCAUGAAUGCAACAGCCACUUAAUGUCUGGAAGACAUUGCUCCAAAGCAAACUUCCCAAUCUUAUUCUUUAAAAAGAAUUUUUCUUUUUUUUUAAUCAGAGAGCUGAAGAGAGAAAGAAUUGGCACUCCAGGGCCUCCAGCCACUGUAGUUGAACUCCAGGCAUGUAUGCCAUCU